AUGGCGAUGGCAGACGUUGGAGCGAGUGCUAGCGUGCCGAUGGAGAUGGAGCAGGCUGGGAGCAGGCUGGAGACCGUGGCGCCGUAUGGCCUGGUGGAGGUCAAGGUGGUGGGGACCGGGGCGGUCGAUGCGCCGCCGUCGGUGGCGCUCUCGUUUGGCUCUGCAGGCAUUCUGUUCAACUGCGGCGAGGGGACGCAGCGGCUGUGUAUGAACCACAAGAUCCGUGUCAAGCGCUUCACCCAUGUGGCGCUGACCUCGCUGCGGUGGGCGGCGACGGGCGGCUUGCCCGGCAUGCUGCUCACGCUGGCCGACACCGGGCUGACUGCCAUCAACCUCACCGGCCCGCUGUAUACCGAGCACUGGCUCGAUGCCACACGGUUCUUCCUCCAGCGCAACGAUCUGGACAUUGCGGUAGCGACAGUCGGCUGCAAUGCUCCGCUGGUGGUCGACAUUCCGGCCGGCGAUCCAUCGUCUGCCAACCGGCCCAUCAUGCGGAUGACGGCGGUGGCGCUUGUGCCGGCAGGCGCCCCGGCAGAUGUCGAGAUCCCGUCGACGGGGCGGAUCAACAUCCGCGCGGCCUCAUGCCGCGGCAAGCGCAAGCGCAUGGAGCGUGAGUCGGUCGGCCCGGCUGACGGGAGCGCGGCCUCGGCGGGCAAUGACGACGACGCAAAGCGGUCCAAGCUCCUCACUACCGACGCAGGCGAGACCAACGCCCGCCCCCAGCCGUAUACCAUACCUGACGAGGUCAUUGCCGCGGUUGAGGCCGAUCCGUCGACCCGGUUCCUGCGGCCGUUCGACUCGGAGGCGAGGGUUCCGCUUGUCGACGCCGCCGCGGCCUACGUCGUCGAGCUCCCGCCAAUGGUCGGUAAGUUCAAUGCCAAGGCUGCUCGCGAGCUCGGCGUCCCGCCUGGUCCGCUGUACAAGCAGCUGCAGCACGGCCAGCCGGUGGUGCUCGAGUCGGGCGGCGUAGUCCAGCCACACCAGGUCAUGGGCCCGCCAACGCCCGGACCGGCAGUGGCCGUCAUUCCGUGCCCGAACGCGGGGUAUGUGGACGCGGUAACGCGCUCGACAACGCUUCGCGCCUCGCUUGCAGGCGUCCAGAAGCUCGCGCUCAUCGUCCAUCUCACGCCGCCGGCGGUCUUUGAGUCGCCCGAGUAUCUGAGCUGGGCGCAGAGUCUCGGCGAAGGCGUCGAGCACAUGGUGCUUGAUGGCGGCUACGCGUCGAACCGGUACAUGUUCACGGCUGCGACACGGGCGGCGCUCAAGCUGCACGCGCUCGAGGCCUCACUCUACCCCAAGCCGUGGCGGUGCGUCGCCGGCGGCGCGCAACUACCGGACGACCUCCCGAUUGCUGCCAAGCGUGGUGACAUGCUCGACACCUAUCUCCUCUCACCGCCCAAGAAGCUGGGCUGGGUGGCUGGCACCCAGCCGGCGCUUAUCGACGAGGAGGCCAUUGCUGCCAAUGUUGCCAUAACGCUUGCCAGCGUGCCGCCACCAGAGACGCCAGCCGAGACGGUGGCGCCGGAGCCGCUGCAGGUCCUCUUCCUCGGCACCGGCGCCGCGCUCCCGUCCAAGUACCGCAACGUCUCGGGCACGCUCAUCCACGUGACCGACGACACGCGGCCUCCAUACGCCUUUCUUCUCGACUGCGGUGAGGGCUCGGUCGGGCAGCUGCGGCGGCGGUACGGGCCAGACGGCGCCGACGAGGUUCUUGCGAGCCUUGCCUUUGUCUUUGUCUCGCACAUCCACGCCGACCACCACCUAGGGCUCGUCUCUGUUCUUGCGCGGCGGACCGCGCUUGGCCUCCCGCCGACAGUGGUGAUCGGCCCGGCGGCGCUCGGCCUGUGGCUGGCCGAGAUUGCGUGCUUGGAGGGCAUGGCGUACACCUUUGUCGACUCUUGGCACUGCCGAGUGACGCGCGCCGGGGCCACGCCGGCGAUGGACGAUCCCGAGGCCGCGCCGCUCGGUGACGCGCUGGCCGCUGUCGGCAUCGCCUCGCUCGCCGCUGUGCCAGUUGACCACUGCUUCCGGUCGUACGGCGCGGUCGUCCGCAGCGAGGCCGGGUGGAGCGUGGUUUUCUCCGGUGACUGCCGCCCGUCGCCGCUCCUCGCCGCCGUCGGCACCGACGCCACCGUUCUCAUCCACGAGGCAACGUUCGAAGACGAGCUCGCCCACGAGGCUGUGGCCAAGAAGCAUGCAACAACUGGCGAGGCCGCUGGCGUCGGCGCCGACAUGGGCGCCACAACCGUUCUCCUCAACCACUUUUCGCAGCGCUACCCCAAGAUCCCGGUCAUGGACGUCGGCGCCUACGCCGCCCGCACCGCCCUCGCCUUUGACUACAUGACCAUCACUCCCGCCGACGUCCCGCUCGCAGCCUCGCUAGUCCCUGCUCUCCAGGCGCUAUUCGACGAGCCCGAUGACGAUGACGAGGCAUAAAACGCAAGGAUCCCCCC